AUGGCCUCAAGCGACAAACCCAAAACCAUCUCCGGCGGUUGCCUCUGCGGGUCGGUCCGGUAUACAAUCACCGUCCCUCCGGACCACGAUUUUGACGAUGCGAUCGGUACCUGCCAAUGCUCAUGGUGCCGCAAGGUAACUGGCUCUCUCAUGUUCCGCUUCCAUCAAUUCAAGAAGGUCGACGUUGCAUGGGACGCCGAUUCGACGCUGCGCACCUAUCAGGCGGAGCCAGACAACCACCGCGGGUUCUGCUGCAACUGCGGCAGCUACAUGUUCUUCCGCAGGGAGAAGAGCAAGCUCAUCAACCUUGCGGUGGGAUGCUUCGACGACGACGACCUGCGGAAGUACGGCCCGCUGUUGACCAAGGAGGGGGGCAACUUGUGGUGCCGGAACGAGAUUCCUGGCGUCACGGAUCACCUUACGGGCGAGAAACAUGACACGGAGCCUUCGGAUUGA